GGCCUCAGAGAACAAAGAUAUGUUUGAAGAAAAAUUUAUACCAUAUGAAAACAGUAGAAAGCGUCUUCGUGAUCAUAACGCUGAGAGCGGACAACAAUCACAUAACGAAGGUUAUGGGAAAGGAGUGGUUGGUGAAAACGAGGAGCAUCCAAACAGUCUUUAUAUGAAUAACGACGAUUUUAUGCCCGUUAGUGAUGAGGAGAAGGAAAGGCUGGAAAGAGAAAGAUUGGCGAAUCUAAAAAGGGGAACUUACAUUGAUUUAAUGCCAGAUCUGAAUAAGAACAAGGAUAGACAUUUUUUCGAGACAAAGAUUAUGUAUAAUGGAAUUAAAUUACCAAUUAGAGUUCCGCUAACGGUGAAUCCCGAAGAAGUUGCAAAUUAUGUUCUGUCAGCUUGUGCGAUGGGCAGUGGGAGUGGAGGAGUGUUAAGAGGGUUUACUGAAAGAGCCUUUCCUUAUACUAAUUUAACCAAUGUUGACGAUUUACUUAAAGUACCAGGCUUCAUUGCAGGCGUGACGAAUAGGAUUUUUGAAGAUCAUAGUUCAUGGUGGGAUGUUUUGUGCAACAUAGAUACGGGAAAGAUUACUGUUAGCAAAGAUAUCGCAACACCAUCAUACGGGGCAAAGCCUGAUGAUAGGAUAGAAGAGGGUACGAGAUCUCCUUCAUCAAGCAAAUCCGAAUCAUGGGGUAGAGACAAAUGGGACACUACUGAUAAUGAAUUUAUGGCCGAAGUCAUGCAUGCAAUUCAACAUCAUUAUGGUGAGACAGUGAUACGCGGUAAAUUCCAAGAAUAUGUGCAAAGAUUUGUACGGCUGACAGCACUUUACGAGAUUGAAACUUUUGGAUCGACAAAAGUUGGAAUGAUGCCAGAAAAUACCAAUCAUCCGGGUGUCCUUGGCACAGGAUUAGCUUUUCAGGACGAAAAUUCAAAGUUAAGAGAAGUAGCUGCCAAUGUCAAUAGGAUAGAAGGAUGGAGGCAAACAAUUUCGUACAAAUAUUAUCAACAGGAUUUCCAAAAUUACUUAAAGACAAGAAGCAUAAAAGCCAUAGAUGUAUAUCACCAAGUAGCAAAACUAAAAUCCUUGAAGAAUAUGCCUGAAGAAGAAGUGGAAACUCUAUAUAAAGCCCUUGUCACUAACAUUGUUACUGACGAACAGAUUAUUGAA